UUCCGCUCUAAAGACGGAAUUUAGCCUGCAAAAAUUAUGGCUGAUACGGAAGAAAGUGAAGAAAGACAUGAUAAUACCAGUGGGGAAACUCUUGAUGGUCAUACUGAGCCCAGUACGACGAUUCCAGCCCCAGUCCAUAGUACUGACGAUGCGGGUGUACCCGAAUCCAAGAAAAAAAUUGACGUAUUGCUGAAAGCAGUAGGAGACACACCCAUUAUGAAGACCAAGAAAUGGUCAAUGGAAAGAACGCGGACUAUCCAGUCCCUAAUACAGUUUAUUAAGAAGUUUUUGAAGUUGGACCCUGUAGAGCAGUUGUUCAUCUAUGUGAAUCAGUCUUUUUCACCUUCGCCUGACCAAGAAGUUGGAACACUCUAUGAGUGUUUUGGAAGUGAUGGAAAGUUGGUGCUACAUUACUGCAAGACGCAGGCAUGGGGCUGAAAAAUCACAGACUAUUGUGAGAACCUAAAGCUUUAACAGUGAAUUUGUGCAGUACAUGAGUACUACACACAUGCUUCAGGGAGGAUUUGAAGUAAUGGACUUGGCAAAUUAUUUCCCUCUUUAUGUAAGCCCCUGGCUCUGGAUUUUGUUUCAUUUUAACUAUACAAAGGCUUGUUACAUAUUUAGUGAUGUCACUUGGAGAACUCCAAAGUUGAACAGUGCCAUAAUGAUGUUUUCAAAUUAGAGCUGUGUGCACAAAAAGCUAAUGAUGGCUUAAAAAGGGUAUGACCAAGCAGCUGCAGUGCAAUUUUUUUUCAGAUUUUAAAUAAUAAGCAAAACUAGAACUUGUACAUUUUCACUUUAAUCUGUACAAUUAAAGUUCUUUGCCGGAUGUGUCCACA